GCUUUAAAUACGACGACUGGUUAAAUUUAGCGUCCUACACGCUAAUUUCACUACAGUUGUUCAACAGGCGUAGGGCAGGGGAAAUUGAAAGAGUGCUGAUAACCGAUUUUUUAAAUUUUCAAUCCGUUGAUGAGGUACAAGAUAAAGAAAUAUAUGAUGCUUUGUCGGAAGAAUCCAAAACAGUAGCCAAGAAGUAUGUAAGAUUUGAGGCCCGCGGUAAGUUGGGAAGGGGAGUCCCAGUUUUAAUCCAUCGAGAGUUGUUGCAAAGCAUUGAAUAUAUUUUAAAUAACCGAAAAAAAGCAGGCGUGAUGGAAAAAAAUCCAUAUCUAUUUGGUAUUCCUGGCAAUGAAAGCACUCAUUUAAGCGCUUGCCAGUUAAUGAGAAAAUUUUCUCAAGCUUGCGGAGCCAAAAAUCCAACACUAUUGCGUGGUACAACGCUUAGAAAACACAUUGCCACUCGAUCCGCUACAAUGAAUUUACAAGAAAGUGAUGUCUCCGACUUGGCUAAUUUUAUGGGCCAUGCAGAAAAAAUUCAUAGAGAACACUAUAAACUACCCAUCGUUACAAGAGAAAUUACCAAAAUGGCACAAAUAUUGGAAAAAGCUGAGGGCAAAACUGCCAAAGACAAUGAAAAACUAGGUUCAAAAGAUACGCCGAACUGUGUUGUACUAUUAGAAAAAUUACAGCAGGAAAAUAUUUUUUCAGAGAAAGAUACAGGUAAUCUUCUUGAUCGAUUGGAAACAGAUGAUGAUAAACUUCAUGCAGUCUUGCCAGACCAGCCCCAACCUGGUUGCAGCAAAUAUUACAUAUCAGACGAAGAAGAUGACUCUGUUGUGGUUCAGAGCAGGACAAACGCUGGUCGAGGAGGAAUAAAAGCGAGAAAAUCUAAAACAACUCGAAAGAUUGAUUCAACACCUACAAAAAAACCACACGUCAGAAUCGCUUGGGUUACGCCAGAAAGACAUGCUGUAAAAUCAGCUUUUCAAACACAUAUCGAUCAAGGAACACUACCGUCUUUUCAAGAGUGCCGAGAAGCACAAAUGAAGUUUCCAGUCUUGCAGCGUAGAAACUUGGCCACCAUUAAAACCAAAAUUAGUAAUGAGAUUCGACGCCGGAAACUACGAUUUCAAUAGCCACAAGAAGA